AUGAGCGUAUCCUCUACCCAAAUACCCGAAGAUUCGAAGAUUGAAGAUGUCGCGCUAUGGGGCGUUGAAGAAGUGCUAAUCUGGAUCGAGCAGAUAAUAGGCAAUUUUGGGGUCGAAAACGCUGGAGGCGAGGGUAAAGAGAACGCUAAAGAUGGACCUAACCUUGCGAAAGUGCAGGAAAAUUUCAGGGAAAAUGCAAUUGACGGGGCAUCGCUUCUAGAGCUUGAUUUGGACGAUUGCAAGCAAUUGAUGGAGAAUGAUGCCAAGUUUGCAGUCCACCUGAAACUCGAAAUAAAUAUACUCAGGACCCAAAAAGGUACACAGGAAGACGAAAUCCUCGCAGUUCUGAGCCAAUUGUACUCGACCGUCAGCGACAAACUACAGGAUUUCCAAAAUCAGUACUCUCGGUUACGACUGGAUGUUCUUGAAGUCGUGAAAAAAGACUCGAUCUCAGUACCGCAGAGUCAGCAAUUAACCGCGGGUUCUGUUCCUGUGUCGGCUCAUAGCCAUGCACCGCAACAGGACUAUUUUGAAGGCCAUCGAGUGGUCACACCUUCGUCGCCCAGCAAUCUUACCGGGCGUCAACCACUCAACAGGUCCACUUCAAGCACUGCCUCACAACAAAAUGCCACAACACCAGCAGUCAGCACCCCAUAUUCCAUUCCUACAUUACAGCCAGGAAACGAGCCACUCAAACACAUGCGGGCAUCAAAGGAAGAUUCUUGCGAAAGAAUACUGAAAAGCGCCAUGAAACGCCACGGACUCAACGAACAGGAUUGGCGACAAUACGCAUUGGUUAUUUGUUAUGGGGAUCAGGAGCGCAUUCUAGAAUUAGACGAAAAGCCUGUUCAGAUUUUUAAAAAUCUCAAACAGCAGGGCCUACAUCCGGCAAUCAUGCUGCGGCAACGUGGAGACUUUGAAGAAGUAAAUAAUGGCCUUACCCCUGGCGGGAGGUUGUGA